AUGAAGAUCAUUGUAUAUUUUUGCAUUUGGGCAGUAGCAUGGGCCAUUCCAGUUCCUCAAAUCAAGCCGUUGGACAGACAUGCUGUUGACAAAACUGUGAAUUUAAAUCUUCUAGCAAAAUCAAAAGUGCCAAUACAGGAUGCAUUAAAUGCCAAUGAUACCACCAAAGAAAGUGCUGGCCUCAUGCAUGAAAAUGAACGAGGAAGGCAACAGGAUACCAAGGAUGGUUACAAAGGAGAGAGGAAUGGUUCUGAGUGGGCACAGCUGGGAGGGAAAAGUUCUUCUACAGGUUCCACAUUAGUAAAUGAAAAGGGGAAUACAGAGGAUCUAAAGGGGGGCACAGGAAAACCAGAAACAUAUGAUCAUGAUGGGAUCCAAGAAGAUAGCACCAGUGCAAACGGUCUCAGGGGACAAGUAAGCAUCAUCCAAGAUGCUGGAGCAGCAAAUGGGAGCCAUAUUGAUGGGAUUACUGAGAACAAUUCCCAAAAUGCGGGUGUUGGAAAUACAAGUCAAAGUGAGGACGUCACUGUUGUCCAGGAAGAUGGACAUCAAGUAGCUGGAAGCAGUAACAGUACAGGUCAGGAGGAUGAAAUCAACGGGAAUAUCUGUAGAAACGGGGCUGACACAAGUGAAACAACACCUCAGAGAGAAGGCGAGAGAAAUGGGAAUGAGGAGGCAGGGGUAUUGCCAGUGGGAAGUGGAGCUGGCAACGGAGAAGAUGUUGGUUUGGAUAAUUUUGAAGGAAGUCCUAGUGGGAAUGGAGCAGAUGAAGGUGAAGACAAGGGCUCUGGUGAUGAUGGAGGUGAAGAAACAGGGAAUGGAGAAAAGGGUAGUGAUCCCAGCAAGGGCCAGGAGGGUCAGUCUCAUGGAGAAGAGGAUGAUGAGGACAAUAGCUUAGGUAAAAAUUCAGUUAGUAGUGAAGAUGAUGGCCCUGGGGACAAUGAAGACGCCCAUGUCAUUGGUGGAGACAACAUCUCCAAGAGUGAGGAAGAUUCUGCCGGUAUUCCAGAAGACAAUGAUAGCCAGAAAACAGAGGACAUUCAGAAACCCAGUCACGGAGAGAACAAAGCUAUGGAAAAUAGAAUCACCGAAAAGUCAGAGCCACCUGCUAUUGGGAAGGGCCAAGAUAAGGGAAUGGAAAUGGAAAGUCCUAGCAGUGGGCACAGAAACAAUAUUACCAAAGAAGCUGGGAAAGUUAAUGAAGAUAAAGAGAGUAAAGGCCAGCAUGGGAUGAUUGUGGGCAAAGGAAAUGUCAAGACACGAGAGACUGACAUUAUACAAGGAGCUGGCCAGAAACUGGAACCUGGAAAUAAGCUUGGACCCAGCAAAACACACAGUGACAGUAACAGUGAUGGAUAUGACAGUUACGAGUUUGAUGAUGAAUCCAUGCAAGGAGAUGACCCCAACAGCAGUGAUGAGUCUAAUGGCAGUGAUGAUGCCAAUUCUGAAGGUGAUAAUAAUCACAGUAGCCAAGGAGAUACUUCUUAUAACUCUGAUGAAUCAAAUGAUCAUGGCAAUGACAGUGGCUCAAAAGGAGAUGAUGAUGGUAGUGAUAACACAUCAGAUGCUAAUGACAGUGAUAGUGAUGGCAAUGGUAACAAUGGAGGUGAUGACAAUGGCAAAUCAGGCAACAGCAAAGAUAAAUCAGACAGCAGUGACAGCAGUGACAGCAGUGACAGUAGUGACAGCAGUGACAGUGACAGCAGUGACAGCAGUGACAGUAAAUCAGAUAGUGACAGCAGUGACAGUAGUGAAAGUGACAGUAAAUCAGACAGUGACAGUAGUGACAGCAGUGAUAGUGACAGUAAAUCAGACAGUAGUGACAGCAGUGACAGCAGUGACAGCAGCGACAGUGACAGCAGUGACAGUGACAGCAGCGACAGCAGUGACAGCAGCGACAGUGACAGCAGUGACAGUGACAGCAGUGACAGCAGUGACAGUAAAUCAGACAGUAGUGACAGCAGUGACAGCAGUGACAGUGACAGCAGUGACAGUGACAGCAGUGACAGCAGUGACAGUAAAUCAGACAGUAGUGACAGCAGUGACAGCAGUGACAGUGACAGCAGUGACAGUGACAGCAGUGACAGCAGUGACAGUAAAUCAGACAGUGACAGUAGUGACAGUGACAGCAGUGACAGCAAAUCAGACAGUGACAGCAGUGACAGCAGUGACAGUAAAUCAGACAGUGACAGUAGUGACAGCAGUGACAGUGACAGCAGUGACAGCAGUGACAGCAAAUCAGACAGUGACAGCAGUGACAGCAGUGACAGUAAAUCAGACAGUGACAGUAGUGACAGCAGUGACAGUGACAGCAGUGACAGUAAAUCAGACAGUGACAGCAGUGACAGUGACAGCAGUGACAGCAGUGACAGCAGUGACAGCAGCGAUAGUGACAGCAAAUCAGACAGUAGUGACAGUAGUGAAAGUGACAGUAAAUCAGACAGUGACAGUAGUGACAGCAGUGACAGUGACAGCAAGUCAGACAGUAGUGACAGCAGUGACAGCAGCAAUAGUAGUGACAGCAGUGAUAGCAACACUAAAUCCGACAGUGACAGCAGCGACAGCAGUGACAGUGACAGCAGCGAUAGUGACAGCAAAUCCGACAGUGACAGCAGUGACAGCAGUGACAGCAGUGACAGCAGCGACAGCAGCGAUAGUGACAGUAAAUCCGACAGUGACAGCAGCGACAGCAGUGACAGUGACAGCAGCGAUAGUAGUGACAGCAGCAAUAGUGACAGCAAAUCCGACAGUGACAGUAGUGACAGCAGCGACAGCAGUGACAGUAGUGACAGUGACAGCAGUGACAGCAGCGACAGCAGUGACAGCAGCGAUAGUGACAGUAAAUCCGACAGUGACAGUAGUGACAGCAGCGAUAGUGACAGUAAAUCCGACAGUGACAGUAGUGACAGCAGUGACAGCAGUGACAGUAGUGACAGCAGUGACAGCAGUGACAGCAGUGACAGUGACAGCAAGUCAGACAGUAGUGACAGCAGUGACAGUGACAGCAGUGACAGCAGUGACAGUGACAGCAGUGACAGCAGUGACAGUGACAGCAAGUCAGACAGUAGUGACAGCAGUGACAGCAGUGACAGCAGCAAUAGUAGUGACAGCAGUGAUGGCAGUGACAGCAGUGACAGUAAAUCAGACAGUAGUGACAGCAGCGAUAGUGACAGCAGUGACAGCAGUGACAGUAGUGACAGCAGUGACAGCAGCGAUAGUGACAGUAAAUCAGACAGUAGUGACAGCAGCGAUAGUGACAGCAGCGACAGCAGUGACAGCAAGAGCAAGUCUGGUAACGGCAACAACAAUGGAAGUAGUAGUGACAGUGACAGUGAAGGCAGUGAUAGUAAUCACUCAACAAGUGAUGAUUAG